AUGGCUAAGAUCGCCGCCAAGAAGACCACCAAGACCAAGAAGACCGCCGUCAAGGCGAAGAAGGUGAAAGACCCGAACGCCCCGAAGCGCCCGCUUUCGGCGUACAUGUUCUUCGCCAAGGAUCAACGCGCGGCGAUUUUGAAGAAGAAUCCGUCGUUCGGUGUCACGGACGUCGCCAAGGCGCUCGGUGCGCAGUGGGCGAAGACGACGGACAAGUCCAAGUACGAAGCGGAAGCGGCCAAGGACAAGAAGCGCUACGAAGCGGCCAUGGCCAAGUACAAGAAGUAG